AUGAAAGAGCAAAGUGUGAAUAAAUUCCAUAUUAGACAUUUGAUGCUUUAUGAAUUUCGAAAGCACAACAAUGCCACUAAUGCUAUGAAUGCCUUGCACCAUAACACUAUCAAGAAACGACAUUACUUGCGGAUAUGCCUAAUACUUUGUCGAUCGCUUGAAAACCGAGACUCUACCGGCUUGACCGGCCGCGAGACUGUUUUCUACGAAGUAUAA